CCGUUCAUCGCCGGGCCCUGUGACUGCUCGCCACGGAAUUCCACCACCAACCAACAGCCUUUUCACUACACCAGGGCGACCAUACGACCAUACGACCAGUCACGAUGAAUGCCGCCGAGCCGGCCGAGCGCAUCUUUCUCGCCUGUUCCUGCACGGUGCCUGUUUCCGGGUAAUCUUUGCACCACUCAAUGGCCAUCAAUGGCGGCAAACAUUUGACCACCAAGGGCGGGGUAGGUACUCUUUACGACUGAUCAUGCAGUCGACUUGGGUCAACUUCGAACCACAGUCCACGACGUCGGAAAGGAAGGGUGGACGAUGCGGGGAGGGUAGGAGCAGCCAGCGAUCAUGGUGUUCCGGCUCUUUUGUAGAUGGUGUCGUUGUUGUACAAUGGAAUCGUGGUGCAGCAAUUCCAUUGUUCCCUCAUUACCCCUCCAUCACCACCACCCCCUCCCCUUCUCUUGGGACAUUGGACGACCCGGCCCCUUUUCUGGAGACACCAUCAACGGACGCGACCUCAAGGCGGUUAAGACCCAGGGAUCGGAAGGUGUCGUGUAGCCGACUUCGAAUUGCGAAUACCUACCUGUACCCCUGGGACAGCACAGGACGACUGAACACCAAACCACAACAGGCGACAACAACACACAGCCGAGCUCCUUUUUUUCUUCUUUUCUUUUUUUUCCCCAGCACCGAAAGGCUACAGUAUCUUGACGACUCUCCAGAGGUCAAUUCGCAUCACCGACAGCUCUUAUAUGGAUAUCAUCAACAAAAGUCUUUGAACUCCCCCUAUGUGGAACGUGGAAUGAGCAAUUGAAGGUUGGUUCGUCUCGACGGCGAAGCCAUUACAGUUUCUCGGUCAUUGUGGGACGCCAUGUGGUCGUGGUCGGGUCUCCGGCCAACUUUGGUCCUGAAUGCUUCCACGUCUUUGUCUCCAGGUUCCCGCAUUAUUGCGCGCCUUCUUGACUGCAGCCAGAUCCCAGCGAUUCGCAUUGGCACCAUCACAAGCUCCCGACAAUCAUGGCACAGCACUUCCCACAAAGAACACCAUCCCGGUUUGGCGUAUCUGACUCUCACAGACCCUAAAGCCCAGUCGUUUCAACUUGUCCGCCAUGCUUCGGUUAUUUCGUCCAUUCCGCCCUGGUUACCCUCUAAGGGUUCAUCAGCUACAUACUCUACCGGUGCUACUGCUCCUGUCCCACCCACCGUCCCCUAUAAGCAACUUACAGUUGGCGUCCCGCGCGAAACCUACCCCAAUGAACGCCGUGUGGCCUUAACUCCUCAAAAUGUCGCUUUUCUGCUCAAGAAAGGUUUCGGAAAGGUCCUUGUUGAAAAAGGAGCUGGUGCCGAGGCCGAGUUCCAUGAUUCUGCCUACGCAACAGCUGGUGCAACACUUGUCGAGUCUGCUUCUGAUGUAUGGAACAACGCCGAUAUCGUACUCAAGGUCCGCGGUCCCAGUGUUGCUGAAGCGGAAAUGCUCAAAGAGGGUCAAACGAUUAUUAGCUUCCUCCAACCGGCCCAAAACAAGCCGCUUGUGGAAAAGCUUGCCUCUCGGAAUGCCACUGUUUUUGCCAUGGACAUGAUCCCUCGCAUCUCUAGGGCACAGGUCUUUGAUGCGCUGAGCAGCAUGGCCAACAUCGCCGGUUACAAAGCAGUUCUGGAAGCCUCAAAUGUGUUUGGUCGAUUUCUUACAGGUCAGGUUACAGCAGCUGGAAAGAUCCCACCUUGCAAAGUCUUGGUCAUUGGUGCCGGCGUUGCUGGAUUGAGUGCCAUUGCCACGGCCAGAAGAAUGGGAGCUAUUGUCCGCGGUUUCGAUACUCGCUCCGCUGCGCGUGAACAGGUUCAGUCCCUCGGCGCCGAGUUCAUCGAAGUCGAACUCCAGGAAGACGGUUCUGGUGCUGGAGGUUACGCCAAGGAAAUGUCGCCAGAGUUCAUCGCAGCCGAAAUGAAGCUGUUCACAGAGCAAGCCCAAGAAGUUGACAUGAUUAUCACUACGGCCUUGAUUCCCGGCAAGCCAGCGCCCAAGCUCAUCACCAAAGCCAUGGUCGAGAUUAUGAAGCCUGGCUCUGUGAUUGUUGAUCUGGCGGCCGAGGCUGGAGGGAAUUGCGAAGUGACUCAGCCCGGAAAGCUUAUCAACUAUAAGGAUGUUAAGAUCAUUGGCUACACUGACCUCCCCUCUCGCCUUCCCACUCAGUCUUCCACCUUGUACUCGAACAAUAUCACCAAAUUUCUCCUUUCGAUGGCGCCAAACAACCAGGAAUACGGCAUUGACCUUCAAGACGAAGUUGUCAGGGGUGCAAUUGUCAUUAACAAGGGGAACAUCCUCCCGCCAGCACCUCGACCAGCACCACCACCGGCACCAGCAGCAACCCCGACCACAGCUAAGGAAGCAGAAGUCGUGGCCCUGACGCCGUUCCAGAAGGCUUCGCGUGAAGUAGGUCUUGUCACAAGUGGUAUGGGCGCUGCUCUUGCGUUGGGAAAGCUCACUGGGCCAUUGUUCAUGGGCAACGCCUUUACCUUCGCCUUGGCCUCGCUUAUCGGUUACCGUGUGGUAUGGGGAGUCCAACCUGCGCUCCACAGCCCGUUAAUGAGCGUCACCAACGCAAUCUCAGGCAUGGUGGGAGUGGGCGGUCUUUUCAUCUUGGGCGGGGGCUACCUCCCUGAAACCAUUCCUCAGGCUUUCGGCGCUGCUUCCGUGCUUCUCGCAUUUGUCAAUAUCUCUGGCGGGUUUGUCAUUACCAAACGAAUGCUCGAUAUGUUCCGUCGUGCCACUGACCCUCCGGAAUACCCGUGGCUGUACGCUGUUCCCGCCGCCUUAUUUGGAGGUGGCUUCAUUGCCGCCGCGGCUUCAGGUGCAGCUGGUUUGGUCCAGGCCGGCUACUUAGUUAGCUCCGUGCUUUGCAUCACCUCGCUUUCGUCUCUGGCAUCUCAAACAACCGCACGCCUGGGAAACACGCUUGGUAUGUUGGGUGUAGGAUCUGGGGUCCUUGCUUCCCUGCUUGCUGCUGGUUUCUCACCCGAGGUCCUUACACAGUUCGGCGGUUUGGCUGCGAUUGGUGGUAUCUUGGGUUUGCUUAUUGGGAAGCGCAUCACACCCACCGACCUUCCACAGACAGUUGCCGCUCUCCAUUCCGUUGUUGGCUUGGCCGCUGUGCUCACCAGUAUCGGAAGUGUUAUGGCUGAUGUGAAUCAUAUUACGACUCUUCAUCUCGUUACCGCCUACCUCGGUGUUCUUAUUGGUGGUGUGACGUUCACUGGGUCAAUCGUGGCUUUCUUGAAGCUUGCCGGGAAAAUGUCCUCCAAGCCAACCAUUUUACCUGGCCGACACCUGAUUAACUCGGGUCUUUUGGCUUCCAAUGUUGCCACCAUGGGUGCCUUUGUCACAAUGGCCCCUGGUUCUCCAGCAAUCGCUGCCGGUGCUCUAGCUGCAAACACUGUUCUAUCAUUCCUCAAGGGCUACACCACAACCGCGGCCAUUGGCGGUGCCGACAUGCCGGUGGUCAUCACAGUUUUGAACGCUUAUAGCGGCUUUGCUCUUGUUGCUGAAGGCUUCAUGUUGGAUAACCCACUACUUACCACAGUGGGCGCACUCAUCGGCGUAUCAGGCUCCAUCCUCUCGUACAUCAUGUGCGUGGCCAUGAACCGUUCACUCACCAACGUUCUAUUCGGUGGAAUAUCUGCUCCAACAACGACAGAGUACAAGAUAGAAGGAAGCAUAACGCAGACCAAUGUCGAAGACACAGCCGAAGCCCUAACUAACGCAGAGACAGUAAUAAUUGUCGUAGGAUAUGGCAUGGCCGUAGCCAAAGCGCAGUACGCCAUAUCAGACAUUACCCAAAUGUUGCGCUCCAAGGGCAUCAAAGUGCGCUUCGCCAUUCACCCCGUGGCCGGUCGCAUGCCUGGUCAGUGCAACGUUCUUCUAGCAGAAGCUAGCGUGCCGUAUGACAUUGUACUGGAGAUGGAUGAGAUCAACGAUGACUUUGGUGAGACGGAUCUCACUCUUGUCAUUGGAGCGAACGACACUGUCAACCCAAUUGCCUUGGAGCCAGGCAGCUCUAUUGCUGGAAUGCCCGUUUUGCAUGCUUGGAAGAGCAAGCAGGUCGUGGUGAUGAAGAGAGGUUUGGCUAGUGGAUAUGCCGACGUACCGAAUCCUAUGUUCUAUAUGCCGGGCACAAAGAUGCUCUUCGGCGACGCAAGAGUCACAACAGAAGCCAUCAAAGCCGCAAUUGAGGCCCGGCUUAAGUGAUGAGAGCGAGGCCCUUCUUUUCUCCUAUCUUUUUAUACCUGUUCUGCAUCGCCAUGUAUCCCCCUUUCGGAUGAAUCUAGAUCCUCUUCAUCAAGCGGGAGAGGCUCUCUGCAUGCUGGCUAGAGAGUUCAUGCGUAAUCUCAACUUGGAUACGCCAUCUCUAAUAUUCAAAAUGCCAUAUCAAAUCCAGCUAAGGCCUUUUGGGUUUGUCCGUAUAAGCUUCAGGACUAUUCGAGAUAAGUUUCGUGUAGUGCACUACAUAUAUUGUACUACUAGAAGUACCUAGUGUACCAAGCUAACAAACCUGACCAAAGUAGUCGGUGUUGGUUUCGGAUCUGCUGAUAACUAGCGAUACUAACUUCCUUGCUAUAUCCACUCGAUGAAGUCAG